AUGGAACUUCAUUUCCCGAACCUCGUUCGGUUGGAAAUCACACACGAAUACGCACUCGGGAUCACGGAUGACGAUGUCACACUCCUCGCCAUAGGGUUACCAAGCUUGGUCUCCCUCGACCUUAACGGAGCGCCAGGCAAUAUCGAGCCUGGACCAACAAAACUCACAAUACGCUGUCUUCGCUCCCUGGCCACAUGGCUCCACGAGCUGAUGGAUCUAUCACUUUUUCUUGAUGCCAGGCAGGAUAUUGAUCCCACUCUUCCUCCAGUCGCGUUUCAAAGCCUCGAGCAGCUCUUUCUCUGCACUUCGCCGAUUGAUGAGGCGGCUCGCGAACGCGUGACUUUGCAUCUAGCGCGCACUCUUCCAACGUACGCCGUCAUGACGUCGGAACGGGACUAUGUUUCCGAAUGGGAUUAUACGCCACCUCCCUUUGAACCUAGCCGUUUUGCCAUAUGGAAGCGCGUAGAGGCUGACCUGGAGUUGAUCAUGAGCGCGAAGCGCGACUGGUUGGCGGACGCUCAAGCUCAAGUGUCGAAAACACAGUGGUGA